AUGUCGUGUUGUAUCUGCGGACGUGGGCAUCAUGCCCAGCGCUUACCAUUCCUUUGUCCCGUUGAUGCCCGGAACCGACUCUACGAAGGGCGCAUAGCUCAAGCGCACACUCUUAUUGAGAACGACAGGCUCCAACAGCAGAUCAACACCCUCAUAGAGCAGCCUCCUCCUACAGCAUCAAAAGCAUCACGCUCAACCCCCGCGGCUCGCAAGGCUGUCAUCGAUGACUGGGCUUCAAAGCACCAGGAAGCGAUUGAGCGGACGGCGGAGAUCAUCGCUCAGGCAGACCGGCUGAAAGCAGAGGUCGAGGCCGCGCGUGAAGAGAUUAGGCAGCGGAAGAAGACGCUGGCGAGGAGGAAAAUAAACCUUGCUGAGGCCACUGAUGGCAUCGAAGAGAGAAGGAAAAAACAGCUUGACAAGGUCAAAGACAAUAUCGCGGCGACCAUGGCCGACUGGGAUCUGGUCCACGAGAGCACCGCUUCGAAUCGCGCAUUUCUCUGUAUGGAAGCUGCACGUCUUUAUGGACUACGGCGGUUGAAGAAAGGCAGCUCUGUCAAGUAUGAACUGGGUGGCGCUGAGGUUGUCGAUUUGCAUGCUCUCACUGGUGUCUCUCCUCAAGCUAUAACUAUCAGCUUUUCCCACAUUGUACACAUACUCAACCGCGCCUGUCAAUACCUGGCCAUCCGCCUCCCGGCCGAAAUAAUCCUUCCACAUGCUGACUAUCCUCGGCCAGCAAUAUUAUCAAUCACCUCGUCUUACUCUUAUAAUCACGAUGACAUACCUUACCCUGGUACAACGGAUCAGCAGUCCGAGAUCAAUCCACUGCCCCAAGACGAGCCUUUUCAUCAGCGUCUUCCUCGCGCUCGGCCCCUCUUCAUAGACAAGCCUCUGCCUGUUCUCGCCAAGGAGGAUCCUGCCAUGUACUCGCGCUUCAUUGAGGGGGUUGCUCUCCUUGCGCAUGACGUCGCAUGGGCUUGCUGUUCGCAGGGCGUGCCCGUGGGACCUGAGGACGUGCUACACGUUGGACGCAACCUGUAUAAUCUACUGAUAGGCAAUCAGCUGCUACGCGGAGUGAGCAGUAACGAUGGUGGUAAUAGUACACCUCAAAUGGGGCGGUACUCGCACGGCGCUGUCCAUUCUUAUCUCGGCACCGCUGAAGGUAGCGAUUUUAUUCGCACCUUCAGACUUCCUAACCCCAUCAAGUUGGCAGACAGGCUCAAAAGCAAGUUGAGCAGCGAUGCGCCAAAUCCGGACUGGGAGCUGCUGGAGGAUGACGCUUGGACUUGA